AUGGCGGUGCCUUUGGAUAAUGUUGAUUCAAUGAUUGAUGAUGAAAGGGAAGAUAUGGGUGAAGAAAUGUCAUCAUCUGAAUCAGAGCAGGACGAUAUAAGAUUAGCUGAGCCAUCUAAAAAUGCAGUUUAUAACAGAGAUGCUAUAAUAGAUAAACUUGGAGAUAUCAGUUGGCCAGAGAGUGUGGAAUGGAUACACAAACUAUCCAUUGAUGUUGAUCAAGAGCAAGAAGUAGAUGUCAAUGAUGAUUUGGCACGAGAACUUGCAUUUUAUACACAGGCAUUGGAGGGAACUAGGCAGGCCUUUGAGAAACUUCAGUCAAUGGGUCUACCUUUUCUGAGACCUGCAGACUAUUAUGCUGAAAUGGUAAAGACAGAUGGACACAUGGAAAAAGUUAAAGGUCGGCUAUUAGCAGAGAAACGAAAGAUGGAAGAGGCUGAAGAGAGAAGAAAGGCCAGGGAGGCCAAGAGAUUGGCUAAAGAGAUCCAGGCUCAGAAAUUAAAAGAAAGGGCUAAGCAGAAGAAGGAAGAUAUAGAAUCUGUUAAGAAAUGGAGGAAGCAGAGGCAACAAAGUGGAUUUGCUGACACUGGCAAUGAUGCAGAUGCUGAUGCAGCUUUUGACUUUGAGGAUGGAAAAGUAUUUCAGAGGUCCAAUAAGAAAAGACCAGGAGUGGCUCCAGGGGAUAGGUCAGGAGGGAAGGCAAGGCAGGCGUUUGGUAAAGGAAAGAAACAAAAGAAAAGAGAUAUUAAGAAUUCCAAAUUUGGUUUUGGAGGCAAGAAGGGGUUGAAAAAGCAGAAUACUGCUGACACCACCAAUGACUACGGUAAAUUCAAGAAGCGUGCUUUCUCCGAAAACAAGAAGAGAAAGCGGUAA